AUGGUGGUUUAUCUUGCAGAUGGCUACACUGUCACUGAUGUCAAAGGUGAUGGCUGUGGCCCCAGUAUACUUGGCCCCGAGAGUGGGACUCUGUCCUCUCUGGGAUACCCAAGGACGUAUCCGAACAACACUGUGUGCGAGUGGGAGAUCAGUGUGCCGCAUGACAAGAGGAUCCAUUUUCUCUUUGCUUUAUUGGACAUAGAAGACAGCGACUGCCAGGUCAACUACCUCCGCCUGUACAACGGCAUCGGUCCAAACAGGAGCGAGAUUGUGAAGCUCUGCGGGUUGGGUCUGAAGGUUGAACAUCUGUUCAAUUCCACUGGCAACCAGGCCACUGUGCAGUUCAUGAGUGGGACCCACCAUACUGGACGCGGUUUCUACCUGUCCUACUCCACCACUGAACACGCAGAUCUAAUCACCUGCGUGGACAAGGGAAUGAACUUCACCGAGGCAGAGUACAGGAAGUACUGUCCGGCAGGCUGCUUGACAUCUACAGAGGAGAUUUCUGGAACUAUACCCAAUGGUUACAGAGAGUCCUCCCCUCUGUGUGUGGCAGCAAUCCAUGCAGGUGUGGUGUCCAAUGCAGCAGGAGGGAAUAUCAGUGUGGUCAACAGCAAAGGCAUCUCUCACUAUGAGGGCACACUGGCUAACAAUGUCACUUCCACUGUAGGAACUCGUUCAGAUAGCCUGUUCACCUUCACGACCAACGGCUGCUAUGGAACGCUGGGUUUGGCAUCUGGGGGCGUUGCUGAUACUCAGCUCAGUGCUUCGUCUGUGUUGGACUGGAGCACUCGUGUGUGGGCACCGUCAGGGGCACGGCUCAAAAAGGAGGGACUGCCAUGGGCCUCUUCUCAGAGUGACCAGCAGCAGUGGCUGCAGGUAGAUCUCAAGAAGGAGAAGCGGAUCACAGGAAUCAUCACCACUGGUUCUACCCUCAGCGAGGAAAAGUGCUACGUUUCAGCAUACCGGGUCCUGUACAGUAACGACGGCAAGCAGUGGUCCGGCUACAAAGAAUCAAAUUCUGUACAAAACAAGAUUUUUCAAGGCAACAACAACUACGGAGACGAGGUGAGGAAUAACUUCAUUCCACCAAUCGUGGCCCGGUUUGUGAGGAUCAAUCCCAUCUCGUGGUACAAGAGAAUUGCACUCAAGUUGGAGCUGCUUGGCUGCCAAGUUCCUUCAGAAAGGCGCACGACAGAUUUGAGGCCAAGGAUGUCCCCUCCCCGUCGUACUCCUGGCGGCACAAAACAUCCACCUCACCUUGGCCAAACAACACCUACCCCGAACAUAAGAAACACCACCAUGCCUCCCCACACUGGUAAAGAUGUGACUCUGGCAGCAGUCCUGGUUCCCGUGUUGGUCAUGGUCGUGACUCUCAUCCUGAUUGUGUGCUGUGCUUGCCACUGGAAGAACAGGAAAAAGACUUCUGAGGGAACGUAUGAUCUUCCUCACUUGGAUAGCACAGCAGACUGGUGGAAAAGCAUGAAGCAGCUACUGCCCUCCAAGAUGGUGGAGACGGAGGAUUCGGUGCGAUACAGCAGCAGUGAAGUCAGCCGGCUAACGGGGAGGGGUGUCGUACCAGGGCUACAUGCUGAACCUGCAGAAUAUGCCCAACCACUCGUAAGUGGCGUAACAACAUUAGGAGCAAGGUCAACCUUUAAACCAGAUGAUGGGCCUUCCUCAAGAUACUCUGAUCCAGACCUGUAUGACGCCCCCAUCUCUUCAGGUUUAUGCCACGCCUACGCCGAACCCCUGCCAUCUUCAGGAUCUGAAUACGCUACGCCCAUUGUGGUUGACAUGGGUUUGAAGCAGCCCUCGACUUUGUGUAAUUUCAUGGGCACCAGGCCCGGCUCCCUGCAUCCAUGGACAGACAGUGGCCAGUCAGGGAGCACUGCAUACGAUAGACCCAAAACCUCCACUGAACUUGCCACACCCACUGAGGAUCUGACUUAUCAGGUACCUCAAAAAAGCACUCAAAAGCCAACAGGACAGGGCUGAAAAGCUUGAAUGCACAUGGCCUUAAUCUGCCCCUCACUACCAACGCGACCCAGAGGAUAAAGAUGGGGUUGAGUUGAGAGCCGUUGAGCUUUGUGCUUGAGUCUUGAAUGAACACUACCUUCGCUUUAGAUUCAUCCGGAGAUGUCUGUUUCCUAAUUGUUUCUGCAUGGCCACAAACAGCUUGUGUAGUGCCAUUAGAGUCCUAUCACUGAAAUCACAAAGAUGAAUGUGCUCGUGCCAGGCGUGAGUCGGAAAUGGAUGAACGGAAAGAGUGGAGGGUGAAAAGAAGAAAGCUGACUACUAUUUGAUAAAGACUUUGUCCCUGUUUUGUGAUUUUUAUUUUUCUCUUUUUAAAGGUCUUGCAUCCUGUGAAACUGUGAUUUCCAUUCUGCCGCUGUCUGUUACACACUAAACUAGAUCCAACUGAAAUGUACCCGAUGAUUUACAGCCAUCGAAUCUGAGGGUUUUCGUACUGAAUUAAUUGCAUGUUGAGGAGUUUCUCGUUUGCAGCGAGACUCUUGCUUUCCACGGUACGUCGUUGUCUUAUUUUGUUUUAAAAGCAUGACUUGAAAUUGUGUAUAGUUCUAGUAAUUCCAUUACUGCAAUCCUGUUUAAAAACUCAAAUGAUUUAUGAAUAUUUAUUUUUUAUUUCACAUCCUGCUGAUAAGGAGAGACUCUUUAAUAGUAAGCAUCCCGCCACUCAGUAACGCGCUGUUAUCGACACCUGACUGACAAUAAAUUUUGUUUUAUAGAUGUAUAACAGAAAAGGUCAGGAGAAUCAAUCCAGUGAACGUCCAAAAAUCCUUUGAAAAUACUCUUUUUGUAGUAUUGGGAGACCAAACGUUGCCUUUUCUGUGUUUAUGCAAUGUUGAUUCACAACAGAGCCGACUUUCACAAUCGUGCCAACAUCCCAAGUUUAGCCAAAUAAACAUUUGCGCAGUCUUAACUGAUUUAUUUUUUUCUGUUUUCUACAUUGUUGGAUGAAAGAAAAGGUACAAGUAAAAAGCGGUAGAUGAGCAAACAUGUUACAGCUGUGAUAACUUUAUAGUUUGUGUGUUUCUUAGAUCGUGUUUUGUGGAUCGUGGUGAUUGUCUGGUGAUGAAAUUGGGUGUUGUGACUUGUUCCAUUAUUCGUAUCUCUGUGCAUCAGUGUCUGUACGUGCGUAAAGCUGUCGUCAUAUUUUGGCCUUGUGGGGUUUUUGGACAAUUUACAGUGUGGCUUAUAGUAGGACGUCGUCUGUAGCACCGAUAGACCUGCGUUCCUCUCCUUCGCCUGUGCUACUCAUGUGCAGGUGGAGGAGAAAUGCAGAACAAGCUGCUUCAUAUCUUUUACAAGAACAACAACCUGAUCCUAAAGGUGUUGUUCCAACAGCUGUGCCACUGUCACGCUUUGAUCGUGCUCAGUAACCAGUUUUCCAGAGCUCCAGGUCACAGAAGGGUUGAGUUUGUGGCUCUCACUGAUUGUAUAUAGAAAUAAAGAGUUUUUAAAAGAAAA